GAGAAAAUAAUAUAUUUAACAGCUUUUAAGGAAAUCAUUUAAAGUUAAUUGUAAUUGAAUUAGUGAAAAUGCAGAGAAAGAGCUGUGAAUCUGAGCAAAUUUCUUUUUCUUUAAGAUUCGAAAGUUGCCCUGAAUUUCUCUAAAUACGUCUUCAUAAUUAACAAAUUAUUCCUUAAGAUUGGUUGGAGGGUCCUGUCGCUCACGGAAAGCAGAAUCUGGGUGUCAAGCUCUUCGGGCUUGUACUGGAGAAGCUGGGUGUGGCUACUGAUGUCCUGGAUGAGGAGGACCAGGAGAUCCUGAUGUAUAACCUCAUGUUGUCUGCUGCUGUGAUCGGCGUUCUGGGGGUCAUCCUGUGUCUCUUCCUCGCCCUGUACCGGAUGGUUAAGGGUCUGAGUCUCUGCUGUGUCCCCCGGGUCGUUACCCAUCCUGUCGACGCGGCAACAGCAGUUCUCCGGAGGUUUUUUCUGGGAGAACGCAACGGAGACUACUGGUUCGAGCCCGAUCAGGGCGGACACGCCAGGUUUGAUGACGUGGAUGAUGGGUGGACUCUGUCCUGCCCUCGUCGUAGUUCUGCCGGAAGUCUCCCUACUUACAACUCCGUGGUGACCUCACAGCCAACCUCGACUCGAGGUGAGGGGUUUGACCGAGGAGAGGUAAUACGGAUGCAGUCCUUCUCUGCUGUGAGCUCCGUUAGUAUGCCUCCUCCAGCUCCGCCUGCUCCGAGCUCAGUUGGAGACAGUUCAAAGGUUCCUCCUCCAGCUCCGCCUGCUCCGAGCUCAGUUGGAGACAUUUCAAGGGUUCCUCCUCCAGCUCCGCCUGCUCCGAGCUCAGUUGGAAACGGUUCCUUGAUGCCUCCUCCUGCUCCGCCUAGGGCCUCUACUAAGGUUUCUCAGUCUGGCCAGGGGGUGAGGGUGAGUAGCUCCGUCAUGGACUACGCUCUGCCCCUGCCUACCCUGGCGAUGAGGAGUGAGAAGCCUGCCGGAGCGAUGUCUCUUGCCGCUGAGUUGGCCUUGGCCCGGAAGAGCAGCCUCAGAGGUUCCCGGGAGUCCCUUACUGCCAGGAACGCUCAGAAGUAGAUCUGCUCAACCGAGAAACAGUUCCGGAUCCAGGGGGGCCGUAACAGUGCAUCUAUAUGAACCCCCACUUUCUCUUCGUCCUUUUUCUUUGUAAGGUUUGUUGUGUGGUUGGUUUUAAGUGUUGGUUUUCAAGUGUUGUGUUUCAAGUGUUGGUUUUCAA